AUGUCUAGAUGUCAAGUAUCAUCUUGGAAUCAAGAAGGACGAUGGCAAACUCCUUCUUCCACAAUCAAAAACAGUUAUUACAAUGGAUUUACAGAGGCGUUUAAGAGCUCGGGGUUGUCAUGGGAAGAAAUUGGACGAGAAUUGGAGGAGAAUCGAAGGAAUAUAAAUACUCCAACCGAUGUUAGAAUCAAUGAUUUUGACAAAUUCUCACAAUUUGAGUCCUAUUCUACUAAAUAUGAAUGUUCACCAACUCAUUCUCCAGAAAUGGAUAAUAUAAUGAGGGAAAUGCUGAAACAAAUUGAAACACCAAAAAUAACAUAUAACAAAGAAUAUUCUGACAGCCCGCAUUUAGAUUUAUCCGAUCCUGCAACAAUUCAGUUAUUAUGUAAUGCUGGUGUAAAUCUUAGUGCUAUUAUGUCACCAGAUAAUAGAAUGGUAAAAUCAGUCGAAGGCGACAAUACUAUGGAAUCAAGUCUUUCAGGUAUGCUUGAACCACUUACACUAUCAACUGCUGCAUAUUGGCAUAAUGCCGGUGGUAAAGUUGAUAAUAUCUACGAUCCAACAUAUAUUCAUUUCAACUUAAAUACCUUGUUGCAGAGUAAUAAUGCAUCUUUAAGUGACAUGGCAAAAGAUCAAUCUGGUUGUAGAUUGUUACAGAAAAGUUUAGAUGAUAUUCCCGCAGCUUUGGAGAUUAUUUUGAAAGAGGUGCUAGAUAAUUUGGUAGAUUUAAUGACUGAUCCAUUUGGUAAUUAUUUAUGCCAAAAGUUGAUGGUUGUAUGCUCUGAAAAACAAUUGAGUCUGCUAAUUAAUGCUUUAUGGAACAAUUUGGUGCAAAUUUCUCUCAAUAUGCAUGGAACUAGAGCAGUGCAGAAAUUGAUUGAAAUCGUUAAGACCCGAGAAAACACUCAAUAUCUUAUUACAAUACUUGAAGGUGGUGUAUUAGAUCUCAUAAAAGAUUUAAAUGGCAACCAUGUCAUUCAGAAGUGUUUACUUUGUCUACCUUCUACAGAUUGUCAAUUUAUUUAUGAUGCCAUGGAAAAUAACUGUGUUGAGUUGGCAACACAUCGUCACGGAUGCUGUGUUAUGCAAAGGUGUAUCGAUUCAGCAAAUUUAGAACAAAGGGCAUCUUUGGUUGAAAAUAUCGUCGAUAAUACCUUGGUUUUGGUGGAAGAUGCUUUUGGAAAUUAUGUAGUACAAUAUGUUAUGAAGUUGAAAGAUGAAACUAUUAAUUGCAAAAUAUUAGAAUUACUCUUACCCAAUUUGUAUGAGUUAGCUAAACAAAAGUUUUCAUCAAAUGUAGUUGAACGACUACUUAUAUAUGGACCAGAUGAAGUUAGGAAAUCAAUUGUAGAAACUUUACUAAAUGAACCACCAGAAGCUUUUAAGAUGUUAAUACUUGACCCUUAUGGAAACUAUGUUAUACAAAGAAUGCUUAGCUUUACCCGAGGAGAAGAAUUAAAUUCAAUUUUAAAUAUGAUAAAACCUUAUUUGAAUGAGUUAAGAGUACUUUCUACUGGGAAAAGAAUUGCUGCUAAAAUUGCUAAAAAACAUCCCAAUCUUUUCACUGAUAUAAAUAAUUUUGAAAAUACGGAUGAUGAAUCAAGGAGAUUUCGAAGAAGUUCUCGGUAUAAGGUGCAUUAA